CUCGAGUUUGACAGCAGUAGUAGACACGUAAACAAUUGCAACUAUGCCCCCAAGCACGAUCCAUUCUCCGCCAGCUCUGGAUAGCUUCACUUCUCUCUCCGACCAUCAGGCCCAGACGCCAGCUACCUUUUUUGGCGCGAGGCCCGUCCUACACUACCAUGCUACGAGCGCUCGAGCUCUUGCGCAGAGACAUCUCCUCUCGAAACUGCCCAUAUUCACACAGGAUGAUGGAAGCAAUGGCAAUGCCUCGUCGAACACCGGGACAGAAUCCGAAGGAUCUGCUAGCGACAACAUAGUGGAAUCGAUAGACAUCUUCGCAAGCUCAGAGUACGUCGCGUCUUAGUUUGCGCACACACGAUUCAUUAUGCGUCCACUCAGGAGGAGACAUCCGCUGAUUCUUUACUGCUACAGAAGUCUGACCCUGUUCAAUCCUGCCACCUCCACUGGCCUGACUAUCCCCUACCCAAACAUAUCAUUGCACGCCAUACAACGUCUAGAUGACCCCUCCGAUGCGACUCAGCAGCUACAGGGCCUCUAUAUGCAAUUGGAAUUGUCUGAUCCAAAUGCCGGCAUGGGCGAAGACGAAGACAUGGACAUAGUUGAACUCACAUUGACCCCUCCGCCUUUGGUGUCCGAGUCUGGUACCUCCGCGAUACAGUCCCUCUUUGAGGCCGUCUCAAAUUGCUCAAAUAUGCAUCCAGACCCCGGGUUUCAAGACGAUGAAGAGAUGGGUGAAGGUGACGGUGAUAGUCGCAUAGUUUUCGAGGGCAGCAUCGGGUACGACGGUAUUAGUGGGCUGCCAGGCGUGCAGAGAGGCGCGGCAGAUGGUGGGCUCCCACCACCUUUUCCUGGAAGUGGUGGCUGGAUUACAGCCGAGAACAUAUCAGAGUACUUCGAUACAGAGGGUAACUGGAUAGGCGAAGGAGGCAAUGGGCCAACUCUAGGAGAGGGUGCAGGUCGAGUGCGACCACGGGACGAGGUUGAUGAUCAUAGCGUCAAUGGUCAUGGCGAGACAGAUUCCGAUGAUAACAAACGGGCUAGAACAGAUGGAUGAAGCUGACCGCAAUUUGUUCAUCCCACACUUGAAGGCAUAGUGGUGGAGGGGAGCUGGGAAGCCAAUUCGCGGCACGGCCUAUCCUUGGCUAAAUCGGACUGUUGGCGAUGUCUAACACCCUCAACCACAUUAUGGGAUCUUCUUGUGGGACGGAUCAUGGCCUUUGGGGCUAGCAGACUUCAUGGAAUCCGCGAAAUGAAGUUUGUUUAGCCCGGUGCUUAUAAUCCGCGGGUUCAUCGGGUCCAUGGUAGGAACGCCCGGAAUAAUCCAUUUUACCUAACAGCAAUAACGUUGGUUGAUACCUUGACAAGUGCACGUUGCGCUGAAUUCUGCCCUCCCACGUUCUACUUCUCACUUGUCAUUUUCUUUCCCCCAAGCCCUCCACAUGCUACCUACGAGUAUUCGACAUGGUUGUGGCGACCCCUCGGACUGAAUGGCGGGAGACGAUGGCACGUAAAUCCCAUGUUAUUUUCCGCC